GGGUAUCGAUCAGAAAUCCCCAACCCAAUCGGAGGAGGAGAGCUCGGCGGCGGCGGCGGCGGCGGCGGCGGCGGCGGCGGGAGAUGGUGCGGAAGGGGAAGGUCGAGUUCGACGAGAGCCCGCCGGAUGACUUCGACCCGAGGAACCCGUACGGGGACCCGGUGGCGAUGCUGGAGUUCCGGGAGCACCUGGUGCGGGAGAAGUGGAUCCAGAUCGAGACCGCCAAGAUCAUCCGCGACCGCCUCCGCUGGUGCUACCGCAUCGAGGGCGUCAACCACCACCAGAAGUGCCGCCACCUCGUCGACCAGUACCUCGAGGCCACCCGCGGCGUCGGCUGGGGCAAGGACGCGCGCCCGCCGGAGCUGCACGAUCCCAAGAAGAAGGUGGAGGCCGACGAGUAGUAUUCCUGCUGCUGCUGCUUCUUCUUCUUCUCUUCCUGGACUGAAGAGGUGAUCAUUCCGUUAAAUUUGAAAGGAGUAACUGGGUUCUGCUGCAGUUCUUAUUUGGCCUAUCUAGUUGCUCAUGGACUUUUAAUAAAUGAUGAUGUUGAAGUAACAUUGCUGUCUGGUGCUUGUAUUUUCCUGCCCGUUUUAUAUAAGAACCGAGCAAAUACAUGCUUGAACUAA